CUUUUUUUGUUUCCCUAGCAAUGUUUAAAAAUGGCGACCACAUUUCCGUGGGUGAAAUUUGCUGAUCCAGGGGAAUCCGACGCAUUUGCUGCCAAUUGUUUCCCCGUUAGAGGACUUCUUCAGUCUGCGGACGAUGGAGGUGGAGCAUGGCUUGUCUCACAGAAAGCGGAGCAGAGGCGACGCUUCAAGGCUGUUCUAUGUGCCAAACCAAGGACAUACUCCAGAAUCAAGGAAGAGCGAAAAAAGGCAGAAAGGGAGGGCACUCAGAUUACCAUGCCGGUACAAAGUUUGGCUGAAGGUGAAAUAGAAGAGGAGGAAGAAGCUCCUGCUCUAGAUGGAUUUUUUCUGAUGAAGCACUGCUGUGUGGAGGACCCAUCAGAUCUCUGCUCUGUCAAUAUCGCAGGCCAGGAGAUGUCGGAGGUCAAAGAAGAUGACCUUGCCUUGUUUGACAGUGUAGCAUAUGUCAACGCUGCUGAGAACUAUUUACCUUUUGAAGCCUUCAGAGGUUUCCCAAUAUUGAGAGAGUUAGAAAUGCCUAUCAAUGGUCUCAGGGGAGUCAAGAUACAAAACGGCGACUAUCCAUAUUUAGAGAUGUUAGAUAUGUCCUAUAACAACCUCUCUCAGGAUGACCUUUUGACCCUCGGAACAUUACCAAACCUAAAGAUUCUACAUCUGACCGGCAAUAACUUUCACACUAUUCCUAUGGAUUUUGCUCUUCCCUAUGUGGACCGCGAGACUAAAUCCAGGAUAGUGCGGUACUCAAAGUUAGAGAUUCUGAUGCUUGAUGACAACCGUCUGUCUGAUGUGGCUGUAUUUGCUGCCUUAGCAGGUCUAAAAAGACUAAAGCACCUGAAUCUAGAAAAGAAUGACAUUUACUAUGUCCCACAACUAAAGUCAGUGGAGGGAACCAUGAUAAUUAAUGACGAUGAGAAGUCUACGAGACGACUACAGAAAUCGGCCAGGUUGUCGGCUAGACGGUUUGCCAGGGGUCAGAAAUCACAGAAACCUCAGGAUCCUCCUCCAGAGAAGAUGGAAAAGCAGGAUCCUCCAUCAGAAAAAGUCAAAAGUCAACAAGCUAUUGAACCAGAGCCCAAACAAGAGGAAUCUCCCAAAGAGCCCAACCCUUCUGAAAGCACUGAAUUAUUUGCCAGCUUUACUGAUGUUGGAGCCGAGUUUGGCGAUCUGUCAGACGCUAUCAAAGACAUUGAUCUUCAAGAAAGUGAACCUGUGGAUGAAGAGUCCUCUCAGCCAUCUCCUGUCAAGUCCAAAUCCAACAACAUGAAAGACAAAGCGGCCCCAAAGGAACCUCCUGCCCAUCUCGCCUCUGGUCUGCCUCCCUUCCCAGAACUAGCUUACCUGAAUCUGGCUCACAACCGUAUAGCUGAGGAGGAGGCUCUUUUGGCAGUAGCAGCCUGGCCGAUGCUGGUUGAACUUGUCAUCCAUAACAACCCUCUGACAUCAGAUCACAGUGGGGACCCUCCAUUACUGAAGCGAUUCCUCACGGCCAGGCUUGGCAUUAAACUUGUACGUAAGGUUGAGCAGCCCAAGUCUAAGCCCCAAGUUGUUGUGCCACCAAAGAGAAAGCGAAAGAUUUCAUCAAUUGUUCCAAAGAUCCCCAAACUGACUUUGGAAGAGCGUCUCAUGCUGGAACCAGCUCCCCCCAAAGAGGAUAAGAGUCGAACCAUUGAUGGCCUUGACCUUCAUCAGGCCCCACUGCCCCCGAUUCCUUCUCAGGCAGACGAACCAGAGAUUAUUCCUCCAUCACCACAGUAUAACAAAUUGUUUGACACGGAGAGCACAAAAUCAGAGAGUCCUGAAAUAACGAUUAAUGUACCCACAACCCCAGACCUGAGGAAAAUGGGCUCCCAGGUAGAAGAGCCAUCAACCUCUGUUCCCCCGUCAGCUGUCUAUAGUAGGAUGCAAUCUCCACCUGAAGAAUCCUCCACUGUUCCCCCCUCUGCUGUCUAUAGUAGGAUGCAGUCACCCCCUGAGGAAUCCUCCACUGUCCCACCUUCUGCGGUCUAUAGUAGGAUGCAGUCGCCCCCUGAAGGCACUACUUCUGGCAUCCCAGAGUCGGCUGUCUACAGUAGAAUGAUGUCCAACGAGGAGCAACCUGCAGAGUCAGCUGACAAGAAGGAUGAGAAAGAAGCUGCUUUCUUCAUGACCCAGGUUGAUGAACCAGAGGAGGAGAAAAAAGCAGCCCCUGUCAGGACAAAAAGGAAGGAAAAGUCUGAGAAACGACCCAAACGGAAGGAUGUCCCAGACAAGUACAAGGGGUACGAAAUUCUCCUGGAUGUGGACGAGGACCCCGACUUCCAUGCUCCUAAAGAUAUGCAGGGUAACAUCAAGGCCCUGAAGUAUGCACUAAAUCAUGAACUGGUAUACAGAGAUUCAGCGGCUCUCCUUCACAAAGUGGGCAAACCUGUGCCUCCCUAUCAAAAGUGGCAAAUGCCCCCUCAACCUCCUCGAAAAUCAAAACAACAGAAAAUUGAUGAUGUGCUUGAAAGCCUUAAGAAUCGCUCAACCACGGAGGAGGCCAAUCUUUCCAGUGUGCUUAAGGACAGCAGAAAACUGAAAAAGUUCAACCAGGCUCCUGUUCUCCUUAGUGAGAUCCAGUCUCGAUACAAUGCUGUUAGAGUUAGCUCCAUGAAGGAAGCGAAAGAGGCAAAGAAAGCCAUGCAGGAUUUACAGAAUCUGGCAAAUAACAGACCUUUGUCAAUCAAAUAAAUAAUGAUUGAAAGUUAUUCAUUAACUCUCUUGAUAAUGGAUCCCAUGAAUAAAUACCUUUUGUUAAAUCUUGUGUGAACAAACACUAAACUAAUACAAUGUAUUAUGAUAUUUUUCUUUGAUUUUUGGAAGGAUGAAAUGUUGUCAAUUGCUAGGUAACUUAAAUAGGAUUAGGAACAAUUGAAAUCGGAGAUAUAGUACGUAUCAAAGGUGUUCGCAAUUCCAAGGGUUAUCAGGAAGGAAAAAAGAGCAGUUGCUAUUAUUGACUAUACUUGCUUUAUAACGAUGUUCCUUUUAUUUUUGAAUGUUAUUAUCCUUGUUGGAAGGAAAAGUGAAUGGUAAUACAGCAUUUCCCUGUAAAUUUGUUUUCCUGACCUAAUUAGCCCUUGUCCAACAGCACUGUGAUAUUGUUUUGUGCAUCAAGAUUUUUUUUUUUCAGUUACAGUACUCUGUGUAGUUUGUGCAUUAAAAAUAUGAAUGUUUCAAAUGAUAUGGAACUUUGAGUGCAUGAUAUAAACAUGAUUAUUAUGCUA